AUCGGUAAAAAAUUAAUAUUAAUUUUCAACCUGACCGCGACCUGGCUCUCCGGUCGUCGCUCUCUUUCCUAUCUUUCUCUUUUUCCUAUUAUUUUUUUUUCUUAUCUCUUCGCGUUCUGGAAAUACCUUCAUCGGGCGGCGCUUCCCUGAGUUUCAGUUCGCGCCGCUAUUCGAUUCGGACGAACUAUUGCUCCACUUGGCAUAUUUGUGAUUGACCUUGUCGUCAGUGCCGCAUAAACGCGCUCAUAUCCCUCAUGGGUCGGAGAAAGAUCGAGAUCAAGGCGAUCAAGGAUGACCGCAAUCGCUCAGUGACCUUUCUUAAGCGAAAGGGCGGUCUCUUCAAGAAAGCACACGAGCUUGCGGUCCUAUGUUCGGUCGAUGUCGCUGUCAUCAUCUUUGGUCAUAACAAAAAGCUAUAUGAAUUCUCGUCUUGUGACAUGCGAGAGACGCUCGCUCGAUAUCAAUAUUUUGGACCUCCCCAUGAACACAAAGGCCCGGAAGACUUUAACGGCAAACGCGACGAUGACGACGACGAAGAUGAAACGACACCCGCCCCCGAAGACAUUCAUCCGACGCCUCCGAACCCUCCCAUGAUUCCCGCCCAUAUUCCUGGCCAUCCUGGCUUCCAACAUGUCAAUCACGCCCCGUCAGCUUCUCCACCCAUCCCCAACGGGUUGCCCUUCGAUCCUCGUCAUGGUACCCCUCAACCACAAGGUGUCUCGAGACCGUCAUCAAGGAAUCAUCUGCGUCGCGUCAGCUCUAACAUCGGACCUCAACAACAUCAUGCCACACCUCCGCCGCCUCCGGCGCCACCGCAGAACGGUUUCACGUAUAUGCUUAAUCCAUCCGUCUAUAAUCCAGCAGUUGCUCAUCCGAUGGCUCAACCUCCUCGUCCCGGUCAGUUUGCGCAUUACGGCCCACCGGGGCCGCAUCAUCAGCCCGGGCCACCCCAGCAUCAGCACCAGCAUCCGCCGAUACCACCGCAAGCAAUGCCCCCGCACUCGAUGGCGCCCCAACCCAUGCCGCAGCAUCUCGCACCACAUCCACAUCCACGUGCCAUAACACCGCAACCACCACCCAUGGCUAUAUCGCAGGCGCCGCAUCACCCACCCGUACCACAGGUAGCCCAAGCAUUCCUCACAGAACAAGGCCGAGCUUCCAUGCCCCCGACAUUUGCACAGCACGAGCCGCAGGCACAACCGCAAGCGCCACGGACGGUAUCACUUCCCGAAGCGACCGCUGCAGAGCAGAUGCCGGGCCCUAUGAAGACAGAAGGAAGCCCCUCGCCUCCCCAUCAAAGAUCUCUAUCGUCUAAGUCGCGCAGCAUCUUCACCCCUAUCGACGACCGCGGCUCAGUCUUAGCGCGUCACUUUGGUGUAGGCCCGCCCACAUGUGAGCCGGGAGAAAAUGUCCAUCUCAAGGCGGAAGCUCCGCAGGGAAAUCCCACUGAUGUAAAGCCACCCAAGCCACUUGCAGGGAAGGCAGGGAAGGCAGGGAAGGCGCCACCACCGCCCCGAGCGGCGACGGAAGCCCCACGCCCCCAGCCUGUAGCGGAUCUAAAGCCACCGGCACGAACCAACAACGGCCAAUUACCCCCUAAGCGCCCGCAACUGAAGGUGCAGAUCCCAAGCGAGAAUUCAGAUAGAGGCAGUGCGACAGGCGAAUCGUCCUCACGCGACUCGGCGGGUAAUAAGACUUUGACGCCGGCCAAAGCCAAUGCAGAUACUAGUCAUUCGGGCGUGGUCCUUCCUCCGCCGUCACCAUCCGCUGGCGCGAUCCUUAGCGCGGGGGCCCAGGGACCACCGAACCCGUUUGCCAGACCACCACCGCCUCCCGGUCCGGCCGCGCAGAACAAUGCCGCCUACAACAAUAACAGCAAUAUUGACACGCCAAUCUCUGCUCUUCCCAGUCGAUUUGUUUCAGAUGCACUGCUCCCAUCACCUUCCAGCUUUUUCCCCGAAUGGGGAUUUGGUCGCUCGGGUCCGGACAGCAAUAUGCUCCCAAGCCCUUUGACGUUCCCGACCCCCGCCGUUCAGACCGGACCUGGCUUCGGACGUGACGACAAUGAUCAAGAUAAAAAGCGCAAAAGCCCCGACAGCGGGCCGAGCGCAGAAGGGGUGAUGAAAAAGCCGAAGACGUAACUGCUGGAACUUGCGAGUUGUUGCGCAUCAUCAAGUUGACGGUCUCCCCCAUCUCAUUGGCUCUGUUGUCUCUUCUUAUCCCAUGUUUUGAAUAAUGGCAUUUACAUGGCGUUAGUGAUAUUUACUUGUCAGGGGAGGAACUUUUUGGCAAUCUGUUUGUCGAAGUUGGUGUGUAUGUCUGUGUGUCACUCUCCUUUGUUUUAGGGU